AUGGAGAAAGGAAAUAAUACAAUGGGGAUAUCCAGGACAAUAUCAGAUCAGCUCGUGGAAUCCGUCGCGGCGGCUCUAAAGUCGCCACAGUCGAGUGAUCACUCGACUAACUCGAUGGUGGAAGGGAGCGGAGGACUGUCGAGAAAAUCAAGCCGGAGAAUAACGUCGGCCUCGCCAGGGCGCGGAGGGAAGAACACACAUAUAAGGAAAACAAGAAGCGCUCAGAUGAAGAUUGAUGUUGAUGAACUGAGUAGUGGCGCAGCUCUGAGCAGAGCUUCAAGCGCUAGCUUGGGUCUCUCGUUUUCUUUCACUGGCUUCACUAUGCCUCCAGAUCAAAUUGCUGAUACCAAGCCAUUCAGUGACGAUGACAUGAUUCCUGAGGAUAUUGAAGCUGGAAUUAGGACAAAGACAAAGUUUCAAACAGAACCUACUCUUCCUAUAAAUCUAAAGUUCAAUGAUGUGACCUACAAGGUAGUGCUGAGAGGCAUGACAUCAAGUGUUGAGAAAGAUAUCUUGAAUGGGAUCAGUGGUUCUGUAAAUCCAGGUGAAGUUUUGGCAUUGAUGGGUCCCUCAGGAAGUGGAAAGACAAGUCUUUUAAAUCUCCUUGGAGGAAGGAUAAGUCACCCAACAAUUGGUGGUUCUAUCACAUACAAUGAAGAAUCAUACUCAAAGUUCCUUAAGAGCAGGAUAGGAUUUGUGACGCAAGAUGAUGUUUUAUUUCCUCACCUAACUGUGAAAGAGACAUUGACAUACGCAGCGCGGUUACGGCUUCCAAAAAGCUUCACUAAAGAGCAAAAGGAAAAAAGAGCUUUAGAUGUCAUCUAUGAGCUUGGCUUGGAGAGGUGCCAAGAUACUAUGAUUGGUGGUUCAUUUGUUCGUGGAGUGUCUGGUGGAGAGAGGAAGAGAGUUUGUAUUGGCAAUGAGAUCAUAAUCAACCCUUCCAUUUUGUUUCUUGAUGAACCAACUUCGGGUUUGGAUUCAACAACAGCCUUGAAGAUCGUCCAGAUGCUGCAAGACAUAGCAGAGGCUGGUAAAACAGUAGUGACAACAAUUCACCAACCAUCGAGUAGACUCUUCCACAAAUUCGACAAGUUGAUCCUUCUUGGGAAAGGGAGUUUGCUUUACUUUGGAAAAGCAUCAGAAGCAAUGAAUUACUUCCAAUCUAUAGGAUGUUCCCCGCUUAUUUCCAUGAAUCCAGCCGAGUUUUUGCUAGACCUUGCGAAUGGAAACAUAAAUGAUGUUUCCGUACCAUCAGAGUUGGAGGAUAAAGUGCAGAUGGGAAAUGCAGAAGUUGAAAAAUAUAAUGGAAAACCAUCACCAGCGGUAGUCCAUGAGUAUCUAGUGGAGGCAUACGAAUCUCAAGUUGCGGAAACGGAGAAGAAAAAAACAGUGGUUUCUUUACCUCUGGAUGAAGCUUUGAAGGCCAAAGCGAGUUCUCCUAAAAGACAAUGGGGAGCGAGUUGGGACGAACAAUUUUCCAUACUUUUUUGGAGAGGAAUCAAGGAAAGGAGGCAUGACUAUUUUAGCUGGUUGAGAAUCACACAAGUUUUAUCCACCGCAAUCAUCUUAGGAUUACUCUGGUGGCAAUCAGAUGUUAAAAACCCAAAAGACCUGCAAGAUCAGGCAGGUUUACUUUUCUUUAUUGCUGUCUUCUGGGGAUUCUUUCCGGUUUUCACAGCAAUAUUUACAUUUCCUCAAGAGAGAGCCAUGUUGAAUAAGGAACGUGCAGCGGAUAUGUACAGAUUAAGUGCGUACUUCCUUGCUAGAACAACAAGCGAUCUUCCGUUAGACUUGAUACUACCAGUGCUUUUUCUCCUUGUUGUUUACUUCAUGGCUGGUUUGAGACUAAGUGCUGCUCCCUUUUUCUUCACCAUCCUUACUGUUUUCCUCUGCAUCAUUGCAGCACAGGGUCUUGGACUUGCUAUCGGUGCUACGCUUAUGGAUUUGAAAAGAGCCACAACUUUGGCUUCAGUAACUGUGAUGACCUUCAUGCUGGCCGGAGGAUUUUUCGUCCAGAAAGUCCCAAUAUUCAUUUCUUGGAUCCGCUACAUGUCUUUCAACUACCACACUUACAAACUGUUACUCAAGGUGCAAUAUGAACAUUUCACACCUAUCGUAAACGGAGUUAAAAUUGACAGUGGUUUAACAGAAGUAGCUGCUCUAAUUGCUAUGGUUUUCGGUUACCGUUUCUUGGCAUAUCUUUCAUUGCGACGAAUGAAACUUCAGUAG